AUGGGAGACGUCGUCACCAGAAAGAAGUCCUUUGGGUUUCUCAACCCGUUCAGGUCGAAAGGUGGCGCCAGUCGUUCUAGUUCAAAGGCGACUUCGAUCUCGGAUCUGUCGAUUGAAGAGCUCAAAGUCCCAGUGGAUUCAAAAACUACAUCCAACAAACUUCGUAAGAAAUCUUCCCCGGCCGUCCCUACCAGAACUGCAAACAAGAAUAGCAUCCAACAGUCUCGCCAACCACGACAUGCUUCGUUCCCGGCGAUUUCCAUCGCAGAUGAAUGGGAACGCGACGAGCAAACUGGUGAGCGCAAGGACCACACGGACUUGCUUCAUAGCCUAGCUCAUCGAGAAUCCGACGAGUCCCUUGCCGAGAGGACUGAAAUGCUGCAUCGAGACAAAGCUCACGUUCCCGGGUCAGAAGUUUUGUCAAGGCUCCCUUCGCAUGCUUGGAAACAAGUAGUGGAAUCUUUGCCGCUCGCCGAUGUUGCAAGUCUCGCUCUCUCCUGCAAAGCCUUUCUACAUCUGCUCGGUCCUUCCACCUGGACAGCCCUGAAUGAUGUCUCAAACGUCAGUGCCAAAAUCGAUUUCCUCAGACGCCUCGACAAAGACCUCCCUGACCAUCUUCUAUGUUUUCCAUGUGCCAUUUAUCAUGUCAGGACUCAAAAGGGAAACGAAAUACUGCGACCAACCAAUAUCGCAAAUCCUCUGUUCAAUUGUCCCAAUGCUUUCAAUCCAGAAAAGCGGAUUUCUCGGACACGGUUGACCGUCGGCCGCUCAUUACCACUUCCAUUCGCCCAGCUUGUGCUGAGAGCACAUAGGUACUCGGCAGACCACGGCGUCGCGAUAGACUCUAUGGCACGCCGAUACAAGGAUCGGGACGGAGAAUGGACGCAUCAGACACGUUUUGCCGUUGUGAACAAUCAUCUAUUGGUACGCGUUAUCAGUUCCGCAUUCGCUGCACCUGCACUCCCCCCAGCAGGCUUACGCAGGCUCCUCUAUUCUCACAACGAUAAUUUCAAUCCGUACUUCUCUGUUUGUGCGCACUGGAGAGACGGCAAUCUCAUGCCGGCCGUCAAAUGUGCCCUUAGCCAUAUCCCAAAGCCUCCGGAUAGCGGAGGCGUGGUUGGAGUUGCCGAGAGGGUCAAGCUUCAUUUACACCCUCAAAACCCCCUGAUCACGCUUUGCUCUGAAUGUCGACCAAUACGCAGAUGUCCAGAAUGUCCGUCCGAAUACCUCAUCGAAUUAAGGAUGCAGGAAGACAAAAGCGACCCCAGCAAACUCUUCAAGCAUGCCAUUGUUGUCACUCGCUGGAGCGAUCUGGGCGAUGGAUCAUCGCCGCAGAGUCCUGAAUGGGCAGCUUGUAACGGAGAUGGCACGUUCGAUUCGUUUACAGCACUGGGAAGGAGGGCAAUAUCGGGAGUUUUUGAAUCACAAUUCACUGUGGAUCAAAUUCCGGGACAAAAUAUCGUGUCGAUGAAUCCAAGCAAGGAGAAGCGCGGUGAAGCAGGACACGACUGGUACUGA